AAUGCACUAGCCAUAUUUGUACUCUCAAUCCAAGACUGGUGCGGCGUUUUAUAUGAUAUUCAUUGAAGUGUUAGAGCUGAAAUCACACAACUUUACAAUUUGUGUUACAACGAAAUUGUCAUUAGACAGACCGGAGCUUAUUUGAGGCCAAAAAUUACAUUCAAUGAAAGAUGAAUCCCGCCAACUUGCUAUCAGCCGCAAAGUCUGGAACCACUAGCAGUAUAUUGGAUUUUCUACGGAAACCUGUCAGCAUUCUGAGGCUCGUAUCCCUCCUAGUGUCUGUGAUAGUCUUUGGUUCUAUAUCAUCAGGCUGUUAUACGCAUCAAGGUGUUUGCAUUUUUGGCACAACUUCUAGUGCUUGUAAUCUCCCCGUUGCAAUCGGCGUCUUUGCCUUCCUUGGAGAAAUUUUUUUUCUCAUUAGCGAUUUUAUGUUUGAUUCAAUUUCCAACAUUAAAAGGCGGAAACAUAUUAUAAUUGGUGAUUUGGGGUUCUCAGGUACGUCCUCUGUAAAAAUUGAAAUUAAAACAUUAUUUUAGAAGUUCAUAUAAAAUAUAAUAUUCCUUUCUAGGAUGUAUGUACCUGAUUGAUGAAUAAAUCAAGAAAGACAGAGAUUUUAAAAGGAGAAUACAUUAUAAUAAGUGAAAGGCUUGAAAUCAUAUUUUCUUACUAAAUGACAGUUACGUAUCCACAACAGAUAUAAGAGUAGCUCUUGAUUAACCCGACUUGUUCUGAUAACAAGAUUUAUCCUAAUUAACGUUAUAGGGUAAAAUGAUGCUGGAUACCAGUUCUAUAAAACAUUUUUACCCCUUACGGUAUCCAAAAUCUGUUUUGUUAGCUUGUGUAAACCAGUUGAUUUUGCGCUCGCUUGUUGUUUCUGUACGGUUCCAGGUAUUUUUAUAUGUAUGACGGGUGGUAGUUUAGCCACUUGACUGCACUAAUUCUAACCAAUUUGAUUAAUCUUGACUAUUAUAAAAAUUAUUAUUAGAAUGAGUGCUUGCGGAUAUUUUAGUGACUUUUUAAUAGUUGAAUUCAUGCCACAAGCCACUAUUCUAAUAAAAGUCAUCAUAUGCUCAAUGGUGACUGGCUUUAAGAUGAAUAUCCUGGAGUUCUAAUGAGAAGUUAUGACCAGUGUAGUCCUAUCAGAUCUACCUCAGACAAUAGAUGAGUGGUUGCGCAAGACCGUGGAUCGAUUGAAGUUAGACAAUAACACCCUUAGACGCUGACACGGUGGUCUAGCGGUUGAGUGUUCGCGCGUGAGAACGAAGGAUCUGGGUUGGAGUCCCGCAUAUGGAAUAGUGGAUGUGCACUGCUGAGUCCCAUACUAGGACGGAAAGCCCGUCCAGUGCUUCCAGGUUUCCAAUGGUAGUCUAGCUUACAUCGACUCAUGAAUUCAACUAUUAUUAAAUAAAUGUUUAUUUCAUCAGUCUAGAGUUUUAAAAAGUCUGAAGUAUUGUAAUUCUAACGACCCUUCAUCCUAUAAGUAUAACUGAUUGGAUAGUAAAUCUACACAAGUCCUGCAAUUUUAUGUUCAUAAAGUGUUUUAUGCGUAAUAAUGUAGGUAAAGAUCCUUUGGUGUAAAGCCUUGGUUUAUACUUCUGAUUCUCAUUCGUCUAAUGGACUUAUUAGCCAAAUUAUCAUCCAGUUAUGUGUGUAAAUGGUUAUUCUAAUACAAUAGAUUAUUAGAUUCACUCUGAAAUCAAAAUUUAGACAUAAAACUCGUUUAGUAAUUAGUUAAUAGAAAUUAGUUCAAGUGGACGUUCAUAUUAUUACUAACGAAACUUAAAGUGACCAUUUUGAUGUUUUAAACAUUACAAUCUCAAUCAAAGGGAAUUCAGUACUAUCAUAUUUACCAGGUUUUUCCAAUGUAAAAGAAAUUCUGCGACAAAUGUACUAAACUAUUUAACACUCUUGAAAUAAUCAAAAGUUAUUUACUAAGGGUUAUUUAUAAACUAAAAGAUAUAAAAAUCAACUCUAAAAUUAUCGAGUAAAGACAACAAGUCAUACUUUAUUCAUUUAUUUGGAUGAAAAAUACGUGCCAGAUACAAACUAAUAAACUAAAGCUGUUCGAUGACAUUAAGAUUGUUAAAUCAGAAUCUCUAAUCCAAAGGCGUAGAGUAACAUGUAUAUUGUAGGAAACUUAAAGCAAAGAGUAUUAAUAACUCUUGAAAAUCUUAAGGUAAUCAACCAUGACAUUAUUUCACGCUCAAAGCAUUAUAUUAUUAAGGACAGCUAUGAUCAAAUAUCUCUUAAGGGAAUUUUCACUUGUCACUGACCUUUAGAAAUGUUUUUUUUGAACCAAUGUAGAAACCCAACCUUCAGCUACACAAUGUGAGAGUAGAUAGCAAAAAGUGACAAAGUAUAUUAAUUAGGGUAUAUCUUAUUCAAUUAUACCAAUGAACACCUAAAUUCGUGUAAUAUUGUUGUCAUAAUUUUAAAUCAUUUAGCAAAUGAAUAUGUAACAAAAAUAUUUUAAACUUGAUAUCCGAACAAUAAUUAAAUCUUGCAUGAGUAAUGUGAGCUGAAAAAUCCAUACUGGAUCCCUGUAUUGACACUGAAAAUCUAUCAGUAACUACGUCGAAAAUUUACUCCACAGCUAAUAUAGACCACUGUUAUUUACACUAGAAUCCUUCUAUUCCAGUCAUACAAUAGACAAACACCAAUCAACCUUUGGGUAAUAAUUUGUUUUUGAUACUUCUCUAAUUGGUACUGAUAAUUUGCACGAUUUGAUCAGGUUUCCAGGAAUGUUAUUCUGUUGAUUGAGCACUGAAAUUUAUUUGAUCAUGUUCCCAAUGUGGAAAUGUUGGACUUUUAAAAUAACUGUUUCCGUAAGAUCUUAUCAGAUUAUUGGUUAAAACUCCAAUUCAACAUUUAAAGAACAUAUUUAACCGAAUUACUUUCCAUUUUUACUAGCAGACAUCGGGACAGACGUAUUCUAGUAAUAAAUAAAAUAACGUAGUUAAGUAGAACAACACGCUAUGAGAGGGUAAUGAUAUCUGUAAAUUAAAACCUACAAGAAAAUGAAAAUUCGGUCAUUGGAAGCACACAUUUUUAAUUAUCGUUUUUGGCGGUGAAGUUUUGAUUGUAAAACUUUAGAAACUACGUUAUUCAGUCUGAUUUCCUUUCGCAGGUCACGAAAUAUUGUUUUCCUUUACAAAUCAGGGUAAUCAACAGCUCCAGAAAAUUAGGUAGGACUGAAUUUAUGUAGUCAAUUUCAAUUUUAUUGAAGAGGCUUUAAAUGUUGGUCUACUUUCUGCAGGAGUAGUUUAUGACAAAUAACAGUCCACUGUUUAUUGUUACACGUUAUUCACAGACUUAGAAAUCAACGUUAACAAGCAAAUAUUUCAACUUGAAACGUAAUAAAGGGCUUCCACAAACUCUACGCUGGAAAUCCUCCCUCAAAAAGGUGUGAAUAUAUGAUGAUUGUUAUUAUUCGUUCAUAUCUUUAUUUAUAUGCCCUUAAUUCUAUGUUUACUAAAUAAUGUCAAAGUUUAUAUAGGGAUGACACUCAUAUCCGGUUACCUACUAUCGUAGAUGCAAAUUAGAGAAGGUGUGCAUUUAUCAGAUAGUUUUAGAUAGAUAUCUCAUAAUUCACUGGCUUUAUUUAAUCAUAGUCAAAAUUUACCAAAUGCCUAUAGUUGUACAUGAAGAUCAGGUUCAAUAUUAAGAUCGUUUUUCAAAUUAUCUAAGUUGUCUGAUUGAAAAGUACAAAUUAUUCGGCUGAAGAAACUUUUCUUUUAAUGAAAACAAUAUAAUUUACUUUGUAGUCUUCAUAUUUGUCUCUUUAGUUAUGCAAAGGGUUUUUCUCCCUCGUUUUACAUUUAAAUUUUUAUCUUUCGAUAGUGUAACAAGAAGACGAAGAUUAUCAGAACUAUCGAAAUUUAUCAAAUGGACUAAUUGCUUUAAAUUUUUAUUAUUUGUCCCCUUGCUUAAUUUAAUAUCAUAUUUAUUAGCAAUAUUUUUCGUAAAGACAAAUAAUAUACAUUUCGAAUAAAUAGGUUUGUGGACAUUUCUAUGGUUUGUGAGCUUUUGCUUACUUGCUAACAAAUGGACAAACACAUCUGACGAAUGGCUUGGGCAACACAAAGUGGAAGGAUGGCAGGAAAGUAAUGCUCGUUCAGCGAUUGUCUUCUCCUUCCUGUCGAUUGCAAUUUGGGGUGGAAUCACAUUUUUCGCAUUGCAACGAUUUCGAAUAGGCCAAGCUGGUCUCACUCCAGAAGAGGGACUAGGUGAACCUGGUUCAACUAUGGAUCCAAAUACUGGUGUUCCAGGUCAGCCAUAUCCUGGUAUGAUGUCUGAUCCGAUGAGCCAGCAGCAGCAACAACAACCUUAUGGUGGAAAUAUUCAACAACCACCUGUAGGUGGUGUCGGCGGUCAAUAUUAUGGACCAACCUAUUAACAAACUAAAGGGAGUCCUAAUCUAGAAGUUUAACAGCAAUUAUACUAUUCUUUGAUCUCAUUUGAUUUUAUGGUUUUAAGUUAAAACGUGAUUGAAUUUUGACUUCUUAUGUGUAGUUGAUGUCGUUAUUGUUAUUUAUCAUUCCAUCGGUUAUUAUUAUUCUGAGUUCUUUUUAUAUCAUUGACUUGAUUUCAUUUUUUAUUUAUAUAUUACUCUACUUCUUUCAUGACUGACAAUAAGGUCAGGGAUGGGAGGGCGCGAGUUAAACAAUCGCAGAGACAAAUCCAUAUCGUUAGUUUCAACUAAUGUUUCUCCUCCGUUCUGUCAGACAUUCCAUUAAACUUUGAUACAUUACCUUGUGAAUUUAUAUUUAAAGCUUUUUCAAACAUAUAUAUACUCAUAUUUCUUGUUUCAGUGAUGUUGUCCUUUUUAUGUUCAGUUGCUUUUAGUCGUAUUUAGCAUAAUAUUUGAAUAUAUAAACAAAUAUGCAGAAAAAUGUAUAUCACCACCAAUAAAUAAAUAAGACUUCUAUUGAAUUUU